AUGCCCGAUUCAAGUCAAACAAAUGAUACCGGUGCUGCUGGGCUCAAUGGCAUCAGUGAUCGCACCCGAGCAAAAUGGGCAGCAGGCUCCCCAGAAGACAUUGCAGCUCUAUUGCCUCCAAUGCUCGACUUGACCAUCGAGAAUAUCACUGAAAAUGUGAUGCAAAUUAACUCAAUGUGCGACAAUCCUCGUAUGAUGUAUCUCAUUACGAAGCUAGUCAAGGCCUCACAUGACUACGUGCGAGAUGUCAACCUGCAAUUUGAUGAGUGGGAGCAAGCCUGGCAGUUCCUCACGCGUGUUGGCCAGAUAUCAACCGAUGUCCGUCACGAAUUUGUCCUGUUGUCUGAUAUCCUGGGCAUCUCGGCUCUGGUAGACGCAUUGUCAUACCCAGCGGUUCCAGGCGCGACGGAAUCUUCGGUGUUGGGGCCCUUUCACGACGAAGAAGCACACUGUUUUGAAAAUGGAGACUCAAUUACUGCAGAGGGAACUCCAGGAGAGCCCACUAUUGUACGUGGCGUUGUACGCGACGUAGAUGGCAAUCUUCUCCCCAAGGCCUUGAUUGAUGUUUGGGAAACCGACGGCAACGGGGUGUACGAUCUUGAAUACGAUGGAAGUCAGGAUCCUAAUUGUCGUGGAAAGAUCUUCACAGACUCUCGGGGUGGUUACCUUUUCAAAUGUGUCAAGCCUGUCGCAUACCCAAUCUCCAAUGAUGGACCAGUCGGGGAGCUCCUGCGCAAGCUGAAGAGGCACUGGUACCGACCAGCGCAUAUGCACUUCAUGAUUAUGCAUCCCGACUACAUGAAGUUAAUCACGGCACUAUACUCCCGCGACAGCAACUUUGUCGAAAGCGAUACUGUUUUUGGUGUCAAAAAGAGCUUGAUUGUCGACUAUAGAUGGUCCGAAGAUUUGGAGAUUGCCAAGCAGCACAAUCUGGCUCCUAUGAAGAGAAAUAUUGAUGGACGGGAGUCCACGGGAUUUUGGUUGCUGGAACAGGACUUUGUGCUGGUGAAGAAGAGCCCUCCAAUUCCC